AUGUCUUCAAUUGAGGAGAAGAACACGAAAGGUUCUACCGAAGGCACAAAUAAUAUUAUUCAGAAUGCUUCACAACGUGCUUACAAAAAUGCCAAUUCAUAUUUUGAAAACAAUAUAGGAGUAUUCAAUAUUUAUGAUGUAUUUGUGUGUAUAUUGAUCAUAACUGUCUUCCCUUAUUACAUACUAAAUGUGAGCGAUAUUUCUUUUGUCAGAGAUACCAAUCCUCACGAGGCUAAGCUACUAGACUUAAUUGAUCAUUACAAGAAUAAUAAAUUUAUCCUAAGUUUCACAGGACCAUACGCUUUGUAUAUAUUGUCUGUUUUGUCUACUUACAAUCUGAGAUAUGUAUCGUUAGUGUUUACCACUGGUACUUUAUUGAAUAUAUAUUUAAGUUUAAGAAGGUCAAACAUCAACAUACUAUUCUCCAUUAUUCCAAUAGUUUCAAUAGGUUAUAUUGCACCAUUUCAGGAAUUGAGCUCAGAAAUAUCGAUUGAUGUGAUAUUUAUUUACUUAUUAACUCAAGUUAUUUAUUUCUGGAAUACAUUAAGAAUUCAAAACGUUUAUGCCACUCUUAAAAUUGCUAGACAAUCAUUUAUAUUAUCCAUUUUAGUGGGACUAUUGAUGUCCACUAAAUUCAUUGGACUUAUGACUUGGUUAUGGAUAAUGGCCAUGUCGGUUAUUCAAUUCUGGAAUCUAAUAUCUGAUAUAACAUUACCUUCAGGAAGAAUUUUUAAAAUUGUGCUGGCCAAGUUUUUCUUCUUAUUUACGAUUCCAUUUCUUGUAUUUAGUGUAAUGGAGUAUGAACAAAUAAGAAGCUGGGAAACAGAUUCUCCAGAGUAUUCACAAUACAUGUCAUCUAUUUUCCAGACCUAUUUGCGUGGGGUUGAACAAGUCCCAACGACAGUAAACUACGGUGCAGUUAUCAGAAUCCGUCAUUUGAAUUCAUUGGGUGGCUACCUUACUUCACACAAUGAAACAUACCCAGGUGGUUCUCGUGAACAAUUGGUUACUGUCUCUGAUAUCGAAGACACAGAGUGGAAUAAAUGGAUUCUUGAACCCUCAGACAAUUUCGAUCUCAAUAAUAACAUCGAUGAGAGCCAUCAUGUAGUACUGAGACAUAAAAUGACUAGCAAAUUGUUACGUGUCUCAUCUGCCAAGCCACCAAUUAGUGAACAAGAAUACGAUAAGGAGGUUUCAUGUACUGGUAAUGCCGAGUAUGUAGGAGAUAGAGAUGAAUACUGGAGAUUAGAAACAACUAAAUUGCACGAACCAUUGAGAAAUAAUAUAAAGAUACAAUUGAGAAACGUUGGUCAAAAUUGUCAGCUAGUAAGCCACGAUAUUAGAUUAACAGCAAAAUGGGGUAAGAAUGAACAAGAAGUAUUAUGUCUUGAACCGGCGACUCAACAAUUUAGUACUUGGGAGGUCAUUGUGGUUGAACAAAGUCCAUUGAAGAAUGAUACUAAACUUGAGCCAUUCGGUAUUGACAAAUCUAUGCUCUCUUUUACCGGUAAAGAAGCAUGGAAAUUAAUCCUAGAGGUGUUACAGAGACAAUUCAGAUAUGAUUAUUUUGUACAAAACUAUAAACUUGAAGGUAUGAAAAUAGCACAAUGGCCAUUUAUUUUAAAUAAUGAUCCAUUUGCUAUGCAUUGUUGGUUUUCUUCUAUUGUUGCAAUCGUCGUCUAUGUUGGAUGGGUUGCCAUCCAAUGCAUUAGAAUAAACCCAUGGGAUAAUGAUGAUGACAACGAUAAACUCGCCAGUCUAUCGACUUUAAUCUUUAAUGAAACCGCAUUUGAAUGCUUUCUAGGUUGGUUAUUCCAUUUUAUUAUCUUUUCCAAGGCCAAACAUGAUAAUCUUGACAUAGUCUCAUACUUACCAAGUUAUAUACUGGGUGAAAUACUCUUUGCAUAUGUGGUGUAUUCAUUAUAUAGCUGGAAGCAUGCGACACUUACAGUCUGGGUUGUUUACGUAAGUAUUUUGAUGUACAGAGCUCGUAGGUAG